AUGUCUGCGAUGAUCCCUGCGCUCCAGGAACUAGCCAGUGCGAGUGCAGAAGGAUAUGAACAGACGGUACAGAAGCCUCGUCAAAUCCUCUGUCAGUUCAUUGACAGGAUUCUGACUGAUGUGGACGUAGUUGCUUUGGGACUCAGUAAAAAGUCCAGUUCAGAGCCGGCCUGUGUGAUGCUGCUGCACUUUGUCCAACACAUCAUCAAAUCUUCGUCCCUCAUGUUUGCCAAUCCUGCCUGCCAGCCUGCCGACUACCCAGAAGCCACUCAGAGCAGUACUGACUUCAGCAAGUGGGUGCUGGUCCGAAUGCUUCGUGUGGCUGCGUCUCCAGACUGUGAAGUCAUCCACGACCGGAUCUGUAACGUCCUCAACCUUUUACUGCACACUUUACGUGUCCGUGCACCACUCAUCUACAGCCGCCUCACCAAGGAACUCAUUUCAUUACUCCAUCACCUCAGCAACAUCAUCCAUGACCAUCUUCUGACUCUGGCGGGACAAGGACACAUUCUGGGAGUGAAUUCUCGCUGCCAGUGGCCAGUCACUUUGGAUAGCCUAAAUAUUCCAAGUGCCUUCUGCUACCUCACUCCUUCUCCUCUUGUGCUAAGGCAAAAAGUCUGUGAUGUUUGCAAGACAUUGGUCCAAACUGUUGGGAGUGGCAACCAAGCUGAGUGUGCAGAGGGCUUCCUCAGAGCUGCUCUUAAAGCUCAGACUGUGCGAGUGAUGCAGGAGUCAAAAGAUGAGGAUCCUCCAGCGAAAAAGGCAAAAAUGACCAAAUCUGUGAAGGCAAAAAUAGCCAUAGACAUGCGCAUUCGCAAUGAGGUUUGGGCUGUCGUCAACGGCCGUCUGGAGGAGCUGCUAAGCUUCCUGAACUCUACCUCCCACCGAGCUGAAAAUCCAGAACUCGUCUCUGCCAUCGAGGGCCUGUCGCUAAUGCUGCAUUUAGCUACGCUCUGUUCCUCACCUACAUGUUUGGCAGCGUCGCCGAUCUGGGUGACCACCGAGACUCUUGGCAGAGCUCUGAAUACUUGUAAGUCGCUGUUGGACGGUGGUGGAAAACCUGUAGAAAACCAGAAUUACCAUCAGUCUGUGCUCCAGGCCACUAUUGGUAUCCUGGAUUCUGCCAUCUUCCUAACAAUAAACAGUCCAAGUGAGGAUGGACUUCAACGCAGGGUUUGUGGCCUGCUGUCUCUGCCCUGGGUGAACGACCACAAGUCUGCUUCAGCGUUCAGGGCUGCUGCUUUUCCGUCGUGGCUUUCUGGUCUGGCGCUAAGAUUAACAUUUUGUAACACCCCUGAAGUUCAAGUUGGUUGCAUUUCUCUGCUAGCCCUACUCCGCCAGGGCGUAUGUGAAUCGUGGCGAGCGUUGGUGUUUUCAAACGCAUUAAAAAGUAAAGAAGAUUCAGUGAGAGCUGCAGCAGUCAAGGCUUUUCCUUUGUUAUUGCAUCACCUGGGAAGAACUCAUCACAGCCUCAUCAACUCUACUCUCCUUCUUCGGUUGGAUGACAGUUCGGUCCAAGUGAAGCAGGAGCUCUGCAGGAUCGUCGGUCACUUGAGCUGUAUCCAGUCUGAAGUCUCUGAACUGAGCGAUACAAACGUGGAACCUCAGUGUCUUUCUUCAUCUGUCUGCCAUCGACUUUGUCUCGCAACCAAACAUACAGAAAACACCACACUUCUGAAUGCCUCUUUUGUACAACCAUUUCUACCUCUCCUCGAACAGUACAUUCCAAGCAGCAUCAAACUAGCUUUUUUGGAAGCCCUGCCUCAUCUGUGCCAGCACGUCAGCCUUUCCAGUGGAGACAGCGAUUCGAGGGCUGCAGCGAGCGCUUUGGUCGGACUGAUGGAAGACCCCGAUCCAGCGGUCAGGGCUUCGUUUGGCCAGUCGGUGCGCUUCCUGCUGACUGAGAAUGGACAAGUCGCUGAGCAGAACUCUCUAAGUGAACUCUUGGUCGCUUGUCUAAAGGAAGGUUUCAACAACGCCAAGUUAAAACGAGACGACGAUCUGCGCAACACCCUCAUCCUUACAACUGGGGAGAUUGGCCGAGCCUCUCAGGGAAGUUUGGUGUCUUUCUCUCUCCUGCGGCUGCUUCAUUGUCUCUUGUCAAAGUCGUCUCCUGUGUCUGUGGCUGCGUACACUCAGAUCAGAGCACUGGCUUCUGCAAAAGGAAUCAAGCUGCAAACACUGUUCAGCCAAUACAAGUAUCCCAUCUGCCAGUUCCUGGUUGAGUCUCUGCACUCUCGUCACUCCUCAGCAUUGCGCAGCACUCCAGAUCAAAGCAGUGAAUCGGCCAAUCAGAGGGAGCUGGCCCUGGACAUCUUGGCCCAGAUCGCUCACGCUUUUGACUUCCCUGACCUCCACCGCUUCCUCACUCGAACACUUCAAGUGCUGCUUCCGUACCUUGCGGCCAAAGCGAGUUCCACAGGCUCCGCCCUCAUUCGGACUCUAGCCAACGAGCUGAAGGCAAACAGGAGAGAGAUCCUCAUCAAUAACUUUAAAUACAUUUUCAGUCAUUUGGUUUGUUCAUGCACCAAAGAGGAGCUGGAGCGGGCAUUCCACUAUCUGCAGAGUGAAACAGAAAUUGAACUUGGUUCUCUUCUGCGGCAAGAUUUCCAAGGACUUCACAAUGAGCUGCUGCUUCGUCUGGGAGAGCAUUAUCAACAGGUCUUCAACGGUCUGGCAAUCCUGGCAUCAUUUGCUUCCAAUGAUGACCCAUACCAAGGUCCUCGUGACAUCACAACAUCAGAGCGGAUGGCCAAUUACCUGCAACCAAAGCUGUUGGGGAUUCUUGCCUUUUUCAACAUGCAGCUCCUCAGCUCCAGCGCAGGAGAGAAGGAUCGCAAAAAGAUGGCUCUGACCAGUGUGAUGGCUCUGAUGAAGUUGAUGGGUUCCAAACACAUCAGCUCCGUCCGGGUCAAGAUGAUGACCACACUGCGGACUGGACUGCGCUACAGAGACGACUUCCCUUUGCUCUGCUGCCAAUCGUGGGAUUGUUUUGUCAGAAGUGUGGAGCCUGCUCAUCUCGGACCCCUCCUUAGUCACGUCAUCGUUGCACUCCUGCCACUUAUUCCCAUUCAGCCCAAAGAAACUGCUGCUAUCAUACGAUUCCUCAUACUCGAAAACCGAGAGGAGGUCAAUGACUUCUUACAUGAGAUUUACUUCCUUCCUGAACAUCCGGAGCUCAAAGAUAUUCACACUGUGCUGCAGAACUACAAAAAGCUGACGGCGAGUCGCAGUGACCUGGCGGCGGCGCUGCAGCUCUCCAUGAGGGCCGUUCAACAUGAAAAUGUGGACGUCCGGAUCCACGCUCUGACCAGCCUCAAGGACAUGAUGCACAGCAAACAGGAGUGGCUACUGCGGCAGGUGUGUGCCAGUGAAGCCGUGGAGCCGGUGAUCUCCAGCCUGGUGGCAGUGCUGCUCAGGGGCUGCCAGGACUCCUCCCCAGAAGCCAGGCUCCUAUGUGGGGAGUGUCUGGGAGAACUGGGGGCUGUAGACCCUGGAAGACUGGACCUGUCCCAAAGCCACAACAACGGAGACCGCAACAAAUUUGUGAGUGGAGUGGACGAACCUAACUUUGCCUACGACUUGCUCACUGAACUAAUCCGGACGUUUUUAGCUUAUGCCGAUAAUGUGAGAGCUCAGGACUCUGCUGCUUAUGCCAUUCAGGAGCUCCUGUCUAUCUUUGAGUGCCGUGAGGGCCGCACUGACAACCCAGGACGCCGGUUGUGGAGGAGGUUUCCAGAACACAUGCAGGAAAUACUUGAACCUCAUCUCAGCAGCAGAUAUAAGAGCAGCCAGAAAGAGGUGAACUGGUCAAAACUCAAAAAGCCCAUUUACCUCAGCAACAGAGGCAGCAAAUUUUCUGACUGGGCGGCCACCUGGGCAGGUUUUCUUAUCAGCAAAGUGAGACACGAGUUAGCUGGAAAGGUGUUCAGCUGCUGUAGUUUCAUCGUCAAGCACGAUUAUAAAGUUACCAUUUACCUGCUACCUCAUAUCCUGCUGUACAUGCUGCAAAACUGCACCCCCGAGGAGCAACAGGAGGUGACAGAGGAGAUGCUGGCCGUGUUGAUGGAGGGUGAUGGUCGUGGAGAAAAUCAGAACCAGGAAAAUGCCUCGAGUCUGUCACAGCUCAGCACACAGACGGUCUUCAGCAUGUUGUCUCACCUCACACAGUGGAGCCGCCACGUGCUCUACGCCAAAUCCAAACACAACGAGAGUGGGGAGUAUCAGCGUGUAGUGGCUUUCCUGAAGGCCAUCCCUCAAGACGUUUUGGCCAAAGCUUCGCUCAGAUCAAAAGCCUACACUCGCGCCGUCAUGCAUUUUGAGGCAUUCAUCCUGGAAAACAAGGAGAACGUCCAAGACCACCUCUCUUUUCUACAGACCCUGUAUGCUGCGAUGCACGAACCGGACGGUGUCAGAGGAGUGAACGCGCUCAGGAGAGAGGAGCCGUCUUUACGUGAGCAGAUCCUGGAGCACGAGAGCAUCGGGCUUUUGAGAGACGCCACAGCCUGCUACGACCGCGCCAUUCAACUGGAGUCUGACCAGAUUGGUCACUACCAUGGUGUGAUGACGUCUAUGCUUGGCCUUGGACAGCUGUCUACUGUUAUUACUCAAGUGAAUGGUGUAUUGGCAAAUAGACCUCAGUGGAAGUCAGACCUGAACACUUACAGAGUGGAAGCUGCCUGGAAGCUUGGGAAGUGGGAGCAGCUUGAAGACUACCUGGAAUCAGAUUGUCCAUCCAGCACAUGGGGAGUGCGUCUGGGUCAGUUGUUGUUGGCAGCGAAUAAACAAGACAAUGAGACGUUUUAUGAGAAACUGAAGCUGGUGAGAAAGGAGCAGGUUGUGCCUCUUUCUGCGGCGAGCUACGAGUGUGGGACGUAUCAGCGAGGAUACGAGUACAUUAUCAGGUUACAUAUGCUCAGUGAGUUGGAGCAUGCUUUCACUGACCUGCAGAAACAGAAGUCUAGUCCUAAAAGCCCUCAGCUUCCUCUGCACUGGUCUGAGAGGCUGGAGAUGACCCAGAACUCCUUUAGGGCCAAAGAACCAAUCCUGGCUCUUCGGCGCGCUCUUCUCAGUCUGAGACCAGAAUUGGGCUGUAAGGAGCUGAUUGGAGAGUGUUGGUUGCAAAGUGCUCGAGUGGCCAGAAAAGGAGGGCAGCACCAGGCGGCCUUCAACGCUCUCCUGAACGCAGAAAACACACAUCUGGCUGAGCUGGUCACAGAGAAGGCCAAGUGGCUCGGCUCUAAGGGCGACAUACAUCAGGCACUGAUCGUGUUACAAAAAGGUGUGGAGCAGUGUUUUCCAGAGGAUCUCAUCCUCACAGACUCUCGCAGCUUACAGACCAAAGCGAAGGCCAUGCUGCUGGUGGGACACUUCAUGGAGGAGACCGCCAACUUUGAGUCCAAUGCCAUUAUGAAAGUGUACAAGGAUGUUACAAAUCUUCUUCCCGAAUGGGAAGACGGUAACUUUUACCUGGCAAAAUACUACGAUAAAGUGAUGCCAAUGGUGACUGACAACAAACUGGAAAAACAGGGCAACCUCAUACGAUAUAUUGUUACAUACUGUGGAAAAGCUUUGCAGUAUGGAAAUCAGUACAUUUACCAAGCUAUGCCUCGGAUGUUAUCUCUGUGGCUUGACUUUGGAGCCAAAGUUUGUGAGUGUGAAAAAGCUGGCCGAGCGGACAGACAGAUGCGUCAGGAGAUGUCUAAAAUUAACUCUGUAAUGAGCGAGCACUGUGAAAACUUGGCCCCUUACCAGUUCCUUUCAGCCUUUUCUCAGCUGAUAUCCAGAGUCUGUCAUUCCAGCGAUGAAGUUUUCCAUGUCCUCAUGGCCAUCGUUGCAAAGGUCUUCAACACAUACCCACAGCAGGCCAUGUGGUUGAUGACAGCGGUGUCCAAGUCUUCCUACCCAAUGCGUAUGAACCGCUGUAAUCAAAUCUUGAAAAGGGCCAUCAGUCUUAAACAGUCCCUCGAUAAGUUUAUCGGCGAUGCCACAAGACUGACCGAUAAAUUGCUGGAGCUUUGCAACAAACCGGUGGACGGUAACAGCUCCACCCUGAGCAUAAGUGUCCAUUUCAAACAGCUGAAACGACUUGUGGAGGAGCCCACGUUCAGCCAGAUCCUCAUCCCCCUGCAGUCUGUGCUCAUCCCAACACUGCCCUCUACUGGUGGGGCCAACACAAAUCAUGACGCUUUCCCCGGACACUGGGCUUACCUGGAUGGAUUUGAGGACUCUGUGGAAAUCCUAGCAUCUUUGCAGAAACCUAAGAAGAUAAGUCUGAAUGGCUCAGAUGGCAGGAGCUAUACAAUGAUGUGCAAACCCAAAGAUGACCUGAGGAAAGACUGCAGACUGAUGGAGUUCAACUGCCUCAUCAAUAAGUGCCUUCGUAAAGAUGCCGAGUCCAGACGGAGGGAGCUGCACAUUCGAACAUACGCUGUGAUUCCCCUGAAUGAAGAGUGUGGCAUUAUCGAAUGGGUCAACAACACCGCUGGACUACGCCACAUCCUUACCAAACUGUACAAGGAGAGAGGGAUCUACCUGUCAGGCAAAGAGCUCCGGAAACUCAUUCUUCCAAAGACGGCUCCAUUUGAGGAGAAGCUAAGAAUGCAUAAAGAUGUGCUGUGUGCGCGCCAUCCUCCGGUGUUUCACGAGUGGUUUCUACGCACUUUCCCAGACCCCACUUCAUGGUACAGUAGCCGCUCUUCUUAUUGCCGCUCCACCGCUGUGAUGUCAAUGGUGGGCUACAUUCUGGGUUUGGGCGAUCGUCACGGUGAAAACAUCCUCUUUGACUCUUUCACUGGAGAAUGUGUCCAUGUGGAUUUUAACUGCCUCUUCAACAAGGGAGAGACAUUUGACGUGCCAGAAGUGGUUCCUUUCCGUUUGACCCAAAACAUGGUUCAUGCUAUGGGACCAAUGGGAGCAGAGGGGCUCUUCAGGCAAGCCUGUGAGGUCACCCUCAGGCUGAUGAGGGACCAGAGAGAGCCACUCAUGAGUGUGUUGAAGACAUUCCUUCAUGACCCUCUUGUUGAAUGGAGCAAACAAGGCAAAGGACUUUCCAAACCUCAACCCAACGAGACAGGAGAGAUUGUGAAUGAAAAGGCUAAAACCCAUGUGUGUGACAUCGAGCAGCGCCUGCAGGGAGUGAUUAAAAGCAGGAAUAAGGUUCUGGGUUUGCCUUUGUCCAUCGAGGGCCAUGUGCACUACCUCAUUCAGGAAGCAACGGACGACAAACUGCUGUGUCAGAUGUACCUGGGCUGGGGACCAUAUCUGUGA